AGACCAUAUAGUAAUAAUAUACAGUCUAUGGUUGAAUCACAAGUGGGUUUUGCUUUGCACGCAUGCGCUUGGGGGGGGGUACCAUUUCGUCAUGGCUGACACGACCUGGCCAGGCUGUUCGAAGAGUUUGAAAGGUGUCAUACUGGACUUGUGUGGUGUUUUAUAUGAGAGCGGGGAGGGCGACGGGGUUGCAAUUCCUGGUUCAAUUGAAGCUGUGAAAAAGCUAAAGGCCUCUGACUUGCAGCUACGCUUCUGCACCAAUGAGACCCAGGCCACCAGAGAGAAGUUUGUAGCCAAGCUCCAAAGACUGGGCUUCGACAUCUCCGUGUCUGAGGUCUUCUCUCCUGCUCCUGCAGCCGUAGCUGUCCUGAAGGAGAAGGGUUUACGGCCUCACCUGCUGGUGUAUGAUGGACUUCUCCCUGAGUUUGACAGCGUUGACAAGACCAACCCAAACUGUGUGGUGAUUGGAGAUGCAGCUGAACAGUUUUCCUACCAGAACCUAAACGAGGCAUUCAGUGUCCUUAUAGACCUGGAGAAUCCAAUGCUCUUCUCUCUUGGCCAAGGGAGGUACUACAAGGAGACAGAUGGUUUGAAACUGGAUGUCGGGGUGUACAUGAAGGCUCUGGAGUAUGCCUGUGAUUUAAAGGCUGAAGUAGUUGGAAAGCCAUCCCCAACAUUCUUCCAGAGUGUUCUCAAUGACAUGGGGCUUCAACCGCAUGAGGCACUGAUGAUUGGAGAUGAUCUGGUGAAUGAUGUGGGUGGGGCCCAAAACUGCGGAAUGAAAGGCGUACAAGUCAGGACUGGGAAAUACAGGCCCAGUGACGAGAGGCACUCAACGGUGAUGGCUGAUGGCACUGUGGACAAUCUGGCUCAGGCUGUGGACAUGAUCCUCAAUCAGAGGCACUGAGUACAAGGCAGGACACUGGGAACUCCCCACUUAGUGUUGUAUCCAGUAGGAAGGGUGUACUGCAUUGAGGUAUUUCAAGUAACAUGUUAAAGCAGUACAAAACUAAAAUACCAUCCAAAUACUGUAUAUCCAAACUGUCAGAACUCAUUGAACUGUCAAAUAUGAUAUAACACCCAUCUGAUGCUCCACAUUUAAUGAAAUAAACUAGAAU